CAUUUGUCGCUCGUAACUGUCAUUGAUUCAGACUGAUUGACGAUAUAGAUUUGUAGAUGUAAGAUUCGGGGCAUAAUUAUAGGGAUGUUUAGGCAUUAGGUACAAACAAUAUAAAUCAGAGUUGAACAAGAGGUUUGAUAUAUGCUAACGAGUAAUUGCACACGGCCUGCCCAAUGCGGUCCGACGAUACCGAUAUCGAGGAACAGCGGAUCCCACAGCAUAUCCCAGGUCCUCCGCAGCUGCCGCCGUUAAUCAAAGGCCAGAAAGUGGAAAGCGGGCCAUACACCGUGACGGUGACCGACGAAAUGGUAGCGCAGAGGGAAAGGGAGAAUCUGGCGCUGUACAAGGCUUGGGUGCAAGAACAACGCAGGAGAAAUCUGCUGCCGCAGGAGGAUGCCGACGAGUUUAUAGGUGACUUUAAAGACGUCGUCGUACGGAGGAGCUUUGUCCGCAAGAUUUUUUGCCUCCUCACGCUGCAAUUGAUGUUCACCAUCCUCGUAAUAUCCAUCUUUAUGUUUGUGGAUGAAGCGCAGAAGUUUAUGAUGGUGCACUGGUAUCUGUGGAUCGUUGCCAUGGUAUUCUUCAUUGUCGCUUAUUGUGCCAUAAGCUGCUCGGUGCAUGCAAGACGAACACCACCGUUCAACUAUAUUUGUCUAUUUCUGCUGACACUAGCAAUGUCGUACCUGGCCGCCUUCGUCUCCGUGUCUUACAGCAUCGAGGUGAUUCUCAUCGUAAUGGGUAUGACUACCGUCGUCACGAUAAUCAUAGCUCUCGUAGCAACAUUCUCCAAGUAUCUCUACUUUGACGUGCAAACCAUUAUGGGUGGACGCAGAAUAGAAUUGAGUCCCGACGAGGUCGUCUUUGCGACUACGCAGAUUUACGUCGAUAUCGUACUGUUGUAUCAGUACUUGCUCAUGUUCAUGGGAUUCUUCCACCGCUGAAAGAGAAAGCAAACAUACACAUUUACAUAUUUUGUAUUGUGUACAUAUUACAUUGUAAUAUUUAUAUCAAAUAUAAUCUUGUUGCUGCUCUACCUUUUAAUAUAA